AUGGAGUCGAUUACGAGCUUCCUAGAGAACGUGCCUCAGCCCGUACAGUGGGCUUUGGCUGGAAUUGGCGCCCUUUACCUGGGGUCCAAGUUCUUCAGCUACCUUCGGCUGAUCUUCAGCUCGUUUCUGCUCCCUGGCACCAAUCUCCGUAAAUAUGGCAAGCCGGGCGCCUGGGCUGUCAUUACCGGUGCCUCCGAUGGUCUAGGCAAGGAAUAUGCCACGCAGAUCGCUGCCAAAGGCUUCAAUCUCGUGCUCGUUUCCCGAACCCAGUCGAAGCUCGAUACUCUGGCCAAGGACCUCGAACAAAAGUUCACCGGCAAGGGUCUGCAGGUCAAGACGCUGGCAAUGGACUUUGCCCAAGAUAACGAUGCGGACUACGAGAGACUACGAGAGCUUGUGCAGGAUCUGGAUGUCGGUAUCCUGAUCAACAACGUCGGCCAGAGCCAUAGCAUUCCCGUUUCCUUCUUGGAGACGCCCAAGGAGGAACUGCAGAACAUUGUCACCAUCAAUUGCCUUGGGACCUUGAAGACUACUCAGAUCGUUGCCCCCAUUCUCCAAAAGCGCAAGCGUGGCUUGAUCUUGACCAUGGGCUCUUUCGGUGGUUGGACUCCCACGCCUUACCUGGCCACCUACUCCGGCAGCAAGGCUUUCCUCCAGCAGUGGAGCAAUGCUCUGUCAUCUGAGCUUUCUGAUUACAACGUCGAUGUCUACCUGGUCCUCAGUCACCUUGUCACCACCGCCAUGAGCAAGGUUCGCCGCACCAGCUUGCUCGUCCCCAACCCUCGUGGCUUCGUCAAGUCUACGCUGGGCAAAGUCGGACUUGGCGGCUACCAGACGGCGCCCAACACCUACACUCCAUGGUGGAGCCAUGCAUUCAUGCUGUGGGUGAUUGAGAAUGUAGCUGGUGUCAACAGCCCCAUCACGAUCUGGUACAACAAGAAGAUGCAUAUUGACAUUCGCCGCCGUGCUCUUCGGAAGCAGGCCCGCGAGGCAAAGAAGCAGUAA